AUGUUAAAUGAGUUCAUGAAGUCUUCAGAUAAUUUACCCAGAUCCACACUGACUGUAACUCCAGACAGUCCUGUAUUCACUGGAGAGACAGUCAAUCUGAAGUGUGUGAUUGAGUCUUACAGUAACUGGAGAUAUGAGUGGUAUAAAGGCACAGACAGUGUAAUGUUACAGGCGUCUGAGCGUUACACUGUAAACAGAGACACUCUCUCUAUCAGAGGAGCUACUGAGUCUGAUCAGGAUCAGUACUGGUGUAGAGGACAGAGAGAUGGAAGACCAAAAUCAUCACAAUCAAGUUCUGCUGUUUCUCUCACUGUGAAGGAUUUACCCAGAUCUACACUGACUGUAACUCCAGACAGUCCUGUAUUCACUGGAGAGACAGUCAAUCUGAAGUGUGUGAUUGAGUCUUACAGUAACUGGAGAUAUGAGUGGUAUAAAGGCACAGACAGUGUAAUGUUACAGGCGUCUGAGCGUUACACUGUAAACAGAGACACUCUCACUAUCAGAGGAGCUACUGAGUCUGAUCAGGAUCAGUACUGGUGUAGAGGACAGAGAGAUGGAAGACCAAAAUCAUCACAAUCAAGUUCUGCUGUUUCUCUCACUGUGAAGGGUGAGUUGAAUAUCAUUGUCCUCUUAAACUCAGUCUAA